AAAAGAACAAUAACGGGAUUUUAACUGGACAGUUUCCUGAUGAUGGACUUACUUAGGUCUGCCCAUUGCCGGUGGAACGAUUAUGAUCAACAUUAAAGUCGAAGCGAGCGAUGCUGAAUCUUGAGUAGUUGGAUUUGGGCCUUUAAAUAUAACCAAUGGUUGGGCCUGAUACAUGAAUUUUUAAAACACUACUUUCUAGUUCAAAGCCAAACCUUUGACCAGAGCACAGAUAAGCACGAAGCGGAUUCGACUCGAAGGUUAAAGGUGCAUUUGGAUACAAAAUGAUUAAUUCUGAUACUUCUGUGCUAAUAAUUGGAGCUGGUACUUUUGGCCUAUCUACGGCGCUUGAAUUAUUGAGAAAGGGGCAUCAGAAUGUGACCCUCCUGGAUCCAUACAAAGUUCCUUCGCCAUUAUCAGCUGGAAAUGAUGUCAACAAAAUAUUUCAGUCCACCGUUGAAAAUGCUUUCUAUUCAGAUCUUGCUCGGGAAGCUUUGGAAAUGUGGAGAUCCGAUCCAGUUUACAAGCCAGCAUUUCACGAAGUAGGUAUUGUCUAUGGUGCAUGUGGCGAUAAUGCUAUAACAGAGAUCAAUAGACGGGUUUCCUUUUUAAAAGAGAAAAACGUCAAGUUUCUUGAGUUAAGCUCCCCAGAAGAGUUUGCAAAUUUUGUAAAAACUCCUUCCGUCAAACUUGAUAAUAGUAUAUCAAAUUUGAGUUUGAACGAUAGGUUCGAAAAUUGGAGAGGAUAUUUUCAACAAGAGAUGUGUGGUUGGACCUUCGCAGCAUUGGCCUUGGAUAAUGCUGCCAGGGAAUGUGAGAAAUUAGGUGCUGAAUUUCGCAUAGGUUUGGCAGAAGAGCUACUCUUUGAGGGUGAUAAAUGCACUGGUGUUAGGACCUCAAUUGGCGAGAUAAUUGAUGCUGAUAUAACUGUUAUCUGUGCUGGUGCUCAAUCCUGCAAGCUUCUUGAUUUUGGAGGUCAACUACUCGCUAAAUGCUGGACAGUGGGUCAUAUCAGAUUGACUGAUGAAGAAGCAAGUACACUUAGGGGCUCUCCUGUAGUGCUCAAUUUGGAUCAAGGGUUCAUAUUUGAGCCUGACAUGAAUAAUGAUUUAAAAUUUUGCAACGAAUUUCCAGGCUAUAUCAAUAUGGUUGAAGAAAAAGGUACAUCAAUUCCAGUUUUUCGAAACCAGAUUCCAGUUGAGGCAGAGAAACAGAUGAGAAACUUUUUGAAACAAGUAUACCCAAUUAUUGCAGAAAGGCCAUUCAGUGUUGCCAAGAUAUGUUGGUGCACUGACACCCCAGAUCGCCAUUUCCUAUUCACCGAACAUCCUAAAUAUAACAAUUUGGUAUUAGGUACAGGCGACUCGGGUCAAGGGUUCAAAUUCAUGCCUGUCGUUGGUAAGUAUAUUUCUCAAAUUGUCAUGGAGGGCAGUUCAACUUUGGAUAAUUCAAAGGCGAAAGCUUGGAAGUGGCGCCAAGAACAAGGCCAACAAAGAGACAAUCUUGCCACUCAAGGUAGGUAUGGCGGAUUGAAUCUCAUAAGGGACUUGAAGGAUGUAGACAGUUGGACAUCUGCCAAGUAAGCAGUCUAUAGAUCGGUUAUCUUAUCUUUAUCAACUCUUAUUUCAGUAUAAUAAUGUCUAAUACACAGUAUAUGAUAUAUUGAAUUCAGACUCAAGCUAAGCUUAGCGACUAUGUUAUACUGAAAUCAGGCUCAAGCUAAGCUUGGCGACUAUGUUAUACUGAAAUCAGGCUCAAGCUAAGCUUAGCGACUCUGUUUUGCCCUUGAUCAUCUCUUUCCAUCUGAAAGAAAUUAGUCCCAAAUCACGUUCUUUCCAAAUUUUUAAAACCACAUCUUUAGCUGUUUUAACAUUUCCUAAUUC